AUGAGACGCGGUGGUCGAGGCGGUUACGAAGGAGGAGGUCAGCGCUAUGGUGGACGUGACCGAAACAACGAUGAUUCGAGAGAAGGUGGAUGGAAAGGAAAAAAUUUCAGAAACAAGGACAGAGAGGAUCGGUCCACCUGGGAUAUUCGUCCCACCCCAGAAGAAGUUGCCAAGCAGAAAAAACUCUUGUGGUCAAACAAAAAAGUAAACAAAGAGGCAAGCAGUGAUGCUGCUGAAGGAAGCGCAGAAGGCUCGACAGAACAAGCACCGAGCCAAGACAAAAAUGUUGGCUUGUGGUCUAGCGCGAUAACAGCGAGUGGUGUUGGUGGUGACCAGGCGAACAAAUUUCUGAAACUCAUGGGCAUCAAGAAUGUUCCCACUGUUGAUCCGGCCACUCGUCUCAAGGAGGAAAGUGAAAAGCAAAAGAAAGUGAUGCGAGAUUUGGAUCGGCAAUAUGAAAUUGCACGUGAAGCCACACACAUGGGACGAGGCUUAGGACUAGGAUUUCAUCAAUAA